CUUCCAAGGAGUUUAACUACGCUCUUCUUUCUCUCUGUAAAUUAUCCGCUAUCCCCCUACCAACCCAACCUAACCUAACCAUGGCUUGGUCCCUUUCAUGCUACAACCUGACCCGGUUAGCCACCGUAAAGCCUCCAUCGCGUCUGGUGGCCUUGCGAUUCCAUUCUAACCAACCAUACAUUUACCACCAGGACCUCUCGUCGGAGGCGGGGUCAACCUCGGAUCCACUUUUGCAGAGACUGGAGGACGCAAUCCAUCGCAUCAUCGUGAAACGGUCCGCCCCCGAUUGGCUCCCGUUCAUUCCUGGGUCAUCGUACUGGGUCCCUCCUCCGCGAUCCCAAUCCUAUGGGAUUGCUCAGUUGGUGGAGAAGCUCGCCAAUCCGAUGACCGAUGAGGAGACCAUGUCGACCACCACUGUCAGAGGCUGCCCCUCUGCCGAUUAUUUUGUUAAGGGGGCACCACCGCAUUCUGUUCAGGUUGAGAUGACUUCCAAGAAUGUUUCUCAGUCUGAAGACGAGGAAGGAUGAACAAUGCCUUCCAAAAAAAUCAGUCAGUCAUAUAUCAAGAACCAGCAAGAAAACUUGGCCUUCUCGAGGAGCUGUAUAGGAAAAAUAAUUUCUCUGUAUGGCUAGUCCUUUGAAAAAAGACUUAUCAUUUUAUGAAUAUGUUUUUUAGGUUGUACUAUAUGUUUCCUUUACCUUUGACCAUCAGGGUAAUCAUCGUUGUUGUGAUUUUAGAGUAUUCCGCCCUGUGUAGUUCACAUGUAAAUAGGCUUUGUAAAAACAUUAGCAAUGGUUAAUUUGUUAAUUUUAAGUGCAACUGUCUUCUAGUUUUUCUGGAUCUGUUGUCCUUCCUGAGAAUGUGUUCUUUUCGAUAAAUAAUAUUGUUCCAAUGGCAUUUCUCUCAA